UCUCGCCAUCCAAUGCUGUCUCCCCACAGUUUAUUGAAUGAGUUUGUGUCUCGCAGUCACAUACACGUUACAAGCGAUCGUUUCAAGGGUUUAGUAGGCGCUGGAAAAAAUUGGCUGUUACCUGGCCCCAAAAUCAAACAAAUUUAGUGUUGUCGCGUCGGUACAGCCGCCAAACUUACCAGAUUUAGUCCCGAGUGAGUGAUUUUAGUGCGGUAAAAGACUUAGAAAUGGGUUAUAAGAGGAAUGUGCAGGCUCAUCCUAUGAUCAGGGAAAAAUGCAGGGAUCUUAUCCUGGACAACGAUACCCUGAAGAAAAUAGGAGCCAUAUUCCUGGACAAUGUCAACAGGGGACUCCAAAAAGCCACCCACGAUAAGGCAGUAGUCAAAUGUUUUCCCACAUACGUUCAAGACUUACCUGACGGAACAGAAAAUGGCAAAUUCCUUGCCCUGGACUUGGGCGGUACAAACUUUAGGGUUUUGCUCAUCGAGCUGAGCGGAGAGCACUUCGAAAUGAAGUCGAAAAUUUUCGCCAUUCCUCAACACAUAAUGCUCGGGUCUGGGGAACAAUUAUUCGAUCACAUCGCAGAGUGCUUGGCCAUCUUUGUCAAGGAAGAACAGGUUCAACAAGAAACAUUACCCCUAGGAUUCACAUUCAGUUUCCCCUUGUCACAGAAAGGCUUGACAGUUGGCAUUUUACAGAGAUGGACGAAGGGAUUCAACUGUUCCAACGUCGUAGGAAACGACGUAGUGCAAAUGCUUAACGAGGCCAUAGAGAGACGAGGGGACGUUAAAAUUGAGGUGUGCGCCAUUUUGAACGAUACCACAGGCACGCUCAUGUCCUGUGCAUGGAAGAACCACGAUUGUAGAAUCGGACUAAUAGUCGGUACUGGUAACAAUGGAUGUUAUGUGGAAAAGCAAGGAAACGCUGAACUAUUCGAAGACUCUGACAUGGGUUCGGGAAAAGUGAUAAUCAACCUAGAAAAUGGCGCUUUUGGCGAUGACGGUUGCCUAGAUUUCGUCCGGACAGAAUACGACAGGGAAGUCGACAAGCAUUCCAUCAACCCAGGCAGACAAAUUCAAGAAAAAAUGAUCUCCGGCAUGUACAUGGGCGAAUUAGUCAGGCUGGCCCUGGAGAAAUUCACCAAAGAAGGCCUGCUGUUCGGCGGCAAAGGCUCCGACUUGCUCUACGAACGCGGCCGAUUCUACACGAAGUACGUCUCGGAAAUCGAAAGCGACGAACCCGGAAUGUUCACAAAUCAGAAAGAGAUCCUGGAGGAGCUCGGCUUGAAACACGCCACAGAGCAGGACUAUGUGAACGUAAGGUUCGUUUGCGAAUGCGUGAGCAGGAGGGCGGCUCACCUGGCUUCUACAAGUAUAGUCACGUUGCUUCACAAGAUGGACGAGAAAAAAGUGACCAUCGGAGUCGAUGGGUCGGUGUACAGAUACCAUCCGCAUUUCCAUAAUCUUAUGAUGGAGAAAAUUGGGGAGCUUUGUGAUCCUAGCAUUGAGUUUGGUUUGAUGCUGUCCGAAGACGGAUCUGGCAGAGGCGCCGCCCUUGUAGCAGCAGUGGCGGCUCGUCAAAAGAAAAAAGCCAGAAGUACGGCCACAUGAAUUCCUGAACCAUGUCUCCAGCCUUGUACAUACAGAAGAUAGCUCCUAGUUCCAAAAAAAAAACACUUUUUGUUUCUCCUACCUGUAAACAGCGAUCAUUUCAACAAAAAUUUUACUGUUUUUUACCGAAAAAAGACAUGUUUUUUAGCGUUUUAACGUAGACAUGGACAAACUCGUUAUAAUUGUUUAGUUAGUAAAAUUUUUGUUCUUAGUGAGACUGGUUUUAGAAAGUAACUAAAAAAAAGAUCACGCAAGAAAUUUUCUUCAGAAUAAUUUGCUAGUUUUAGUUAUUCUAGAAAAUGUCUUGCUUUAAGUGCUUAAAAAAGUUGAAGAAAAAUAACUGCUAAUACUGCCUGAUGGUCUACUGGUAGUCUACUUAAUAGCAUUUUUAUAUACCUAACGUACGUUGUUGUACUAUACAGGGUGGUCCGAAUUGUAUUCGGGAAACUGGGGCAAUGUAUUCGGCAGUAAAAAAGUUUUGUCCCAAGAAACUUCGUUUCGGACGUACAGGGUGUAACCAAAUAAUUUCUGAGCUAAUGCCGAUAUUUGGAUGAAGUAUAUUUUUUUCUCGCAGUAGUGUGAUACAGGGGUACAGACGAAAAGUUGUUAGGCUUUUGGUGGCGUCCAUGGGUCAUAUUGACAUCGAAAUAAAAUUUCUUAUGUCAAUAAUCAUCCAGACACCCAUUUUCAUCUAAAUAUCUUUUAAUUAAAAAGAAACCUCUACACCCUGUAUCUCCAAAAUAAAGCAUUUUAGAACAUAACUUUUUUAAUGCAAAAUACAUUGCCGCGGUAUCCCGAAUACAAUUGGGACCACCCUGUAUACUGUAAUUAAUUUAUUAAAAAAAAA